AAAGGCACAGAGGCAGCGCACGUAGCCGCGCCAUGCAGUACACAGAGUUCCAGACGACACCGGCCGAAAUGCCUCCCGACGGCUCCUGAACGCUCCGUUUGGGGCGCGUGCUGCUCUUAAAUGACUGAAGAAACGCGUAAAAAUGGAGGAAAAUGGCGGGCGUUUGACUUUUUCUCUCCUUUUUUGCUCGUCGUAGCGGGGCAGGGGCUCGUCUCCAAAGUUGUCGGUUGACAGGACUGUGGAAUAAAAAUAAAAUAAAGAUCCUUCAAACAUGGACAAGCAGCAGCAGAGCGAGCUGGACCGGGACCGGCAGUACUGUGAACUUUGCGGGAAAAUGGAGAACCUCCUGAAGUGCGGGAGGUGCCGGAGCUCCUUCUACUGUAGCAAGGAGCACCAGAAACAGCACUGGAAGAAGCACAAGCUCAUUUGUAAGGAGGUCGAGAAACCCCUGCCCCUCAAAGUGAAGUCUGAGCCGGGUCCGCCGCCCGGGGGGGACACACGGGCGCAGAAACCCCCGGAAAAGAGCCCCCCCGAGCCGGCGGACCCGGCGCAGGCGGCACCUGAAGUUUCCGCGGGAGAGGACGGCGGCAGCCCCGCCACGCCGAACGGCCAGGUGAGCUCGAGCCUGCAGAAGCUCGCGCUGGAGGUGAUCGUGCCGUGCAUGAACGCGCACGGCAUCUGCGUGGUGAACGGCUUCCUCGGGGAGGAGACCGGCCUGAGCGUCCUGGGGGACGUCAAGGCCCUGUACGACACCGGCAAGUUCACGGACGGACAGCUGGUCAGCCAGAAGAGCGACUCCACGCGAGACAUCCGCGGGGACAAGAUCGCCUGGAUCGAGGGCCGAGAGCCCGGCUGCGAGAAGAUCCGGUUCCUCAUGGGCCGCAUGGACGAUCUGAUCAGACACUGCAACGGCAACCUGGGAAACUACACUAUCAAUGGAAGGACAAAAGCGAUGGUUGCAUGUUACCCUGGGAAUGGAACGGGCUACGUACGACAUGUGGACAACCCCAACGGCGACGGACGAUGCGUCACGUGCAUAUACUACCUUAAUAAAGAUUGGACUAUCAAGGAACACGGGGGCCUUCUCCGAAUUUUCCCGGGAGGAAAAACCCAGUUUGUCGACAUCGAGCCAAAGUUUGACCGUUUGCUGCUGUUCUGGUCAGACAGACGAAACCCGCACGAAGUUCAGCCCGCGUUUGCUACCAGGUAUGCCAUCACCGUGUGGUAUUUCGAUGCAGACGAGCGGGCCAGAGCUAAAGAAAAGUACCUGACAGGUGAAAGGGGAGUCAAGGUCGAACUCGGAAAAUCCUCCGAUUCCAGCUAGCAGGAUGACCACGUCCUCCACAAACGCCCGCUAGGAGUGCUCUGUCCCGAGAACGCGUCCUCUGAAGAGCGUGCACGUGCGUUCCUCGCUGAAGCGCUGCAGACUUUGGUUUGAUCCUUUUCUGAGUAGUUCACUGGCGGUCCACCGGGGGCAGCGCAGCAGGCCUUGAAUGUCAAAAUUGUUCUUCUGAAAGGGAUUGUGUGUUUUUUAAAUAUUAUUUUAUUUUGGUAAAUGCAUUUACAUUACAGCUGAAGGCUUCAAAAAAGGAACUGAGCUGAGGAAAACCAUCCACCGUUUUUCAGUUUGUUCAUUUAAGGUACAGCGUCCUGCACGUGAUUCUCUGGGCUGUCAAAAUAAGCUACUGUUUGUGCCUGACUCUGCAACCGUCUGAGGAAGUAUCUGAACGCGCUUCGCCGCCUCCAGCAGCUCCGGCGGGCGGCCGGAGUCCAUCUGAACCCUGUCUUGGUGUGCUGUGAUGCACCGUUUGCUUUCAUGUAUUUAAAAGAAAGGUCCUUGCGCCCCCUGCAGGCAGGAGACCUGCAAUGCACUUUUUGAAUGCCCUCCGAUCUGGAUGAAUGGAAAUGAAAUUGCUGCAGUUAUUAUUUCAUAUCAGAGUUUCCCAAACAUGAACACAAAAAUACUGCUGCUGUAUAGCUUCAGGAAAUGAUGCAAUCAUUUUAAUAUAUUGAUUAAGUAGUGAAACUACAAGCCAGAAAAUUAUUGCAUUAAAUGCAACCUUGAUUUUUAUUUUCUUAGGUCUUGAAGUUCAUUUGUUUUCUGCUUAACUCCUGUGGUUUUUUUUCUACCUGUUAGUCGGCAAAAACAUGUUCUAACAGCAGUUCAGAGCAUUUCAAGACGAUCCUUCCAAAGCAGUCUGGUGAAUGCAAACUGAACACGUCUCCUGCAUAACCACUUUCAUGCUAAGGUCUUAACUUUCAAGGUACAUGGUGCACGUGAAGCUUUUCCAAGCAACUUUGUCAAUAAAACAGAAGUUCAGACUGUGAUGUCCCUGCUGUUCUUUUUGUUCUGCUGCUCCUCUGAAUAAACGCUUCAUGUCCUC